GAGCAGGGGUAAGCAACGCGGAGAAAGCGAGCGCGCCAAAGGGGCUAGAGGGGCUCGGGAAGCCGGACCGGGCUUUCGCGCACAGCCGCCUGUUAGCUGCUCCCAGCCGGUGCCAGCAUCCGAGAACGAGCGACCUGACACCCCAUCCGGCCACCGCGGAGGACAGCUCGUCUCUCGCUGCAAGCGAGGCCCGGGGCGGCCCCGCAGGGACCCCCCCCAGACCGCCUGGGCCGGCCGGAUGUGCACUAAAAUGGAACAGCCCUUUUACCACGACGACUCAUACGCAGCUGCGGGAUACGGCCGGGCGCCUGGCAGCCUCGCUCUACACGACUACAAACUCCUGAAACCGAGCCUGGCGCUCAACCUGGCCGACCCCUACCGGAGUCUCAAAGCGCCCGGGGCGCGGGGUCCCGGCCCCGAGGGCAGCAGUGGCGGGGGCUACUUUUCUGGUCAGGGAUCGGACACGGGUGCAUCUCUCAAGCUGGCCUCCUCGGAGCUGGAGCGCCUGAUCGUCCCCAACAGCAACGGCGUGAUCACGACGACGCCCACGCCCCCGGGACAGUACUUUUACCCCCGCGGGGGUGGCAGCGGCGGAGGCGCGGGGGGCGCGGGGGGCGGUGUCACCGAAGAGCAGGAGGGCUUCGCCGACGGCUUUGUCAAAGCUCUGGACGACCUGCACAAGAUGAACCACGUGACGCCCCCCAACGUGUCCCUGGGCGCCAGUGGGGGACCCCCGGCAGGGCCCGGGGGCGUCUACGCUGGCCCAGAGCCGCCUCCCGUGUACACCAACCUCAGCAGCUACUACCUCCCCCACGCGCCGCCCUUCGCUGGCGGCCACCCGGCGCAGCUGGGCUUGGGCCGUGGCGCGUCCGCCUUCAAGGAGGAACCGCAGACCGUACCGGAGGCGCGCAGCCGCGACGCCACGCCGCCCGUGUCCCCCAUCAACAUGGAAGACCAAGAACGCAUCAAAGUGGAGCGCAAACGGCUGCGGAACCGGCUGGCCGCCACCAAGUGCCGGAAGCGGAAGCUGGAGCGCAUCGCGCGCUUGGAGGACAAGGUGAAGACGCUCAAGGCCGAGAACGCGGGGCUGUCGAACACCGCCGGCGUCCUCCGGGAGCAGGUGGCUCAGCUCAAACAGAAGGUCAUGACCCAUGUCAGCAACGGCUGCCAGCUGCUGCUCGGGGUCAAAGGACACGCCUUCUGAGCGCCUCCCUUCCACGGACACCCCCCAGCCUGGACGGCUGGGCGCACGCUUCCCACUGGGGGCGAGGGGGCAGGCGUGGGCAUGGGCCCUGGGGCCUGGGGCCACGCACUGCACACUGGACUCUGGCCCACGCGUUCUGCGCCCGGUCCCUCGACGUUUACAAGACGCUCCUCUUCCUCGUUUUUUUUUUGUAUGUUUUUUUUUUUUUUCUGAUGGAAACAGACUCGAUUCAUAUUGAAUAUAAUAUAUUUGUGUAUUUAACAGGGAGGGGAGGAGGGGGCGAUCGCGGCGGAGCAGGCCCCGCCGCACGGUACUCAACCCACCAGGACCCUGGGGAGGGGACCCCCGCCCCCUGCCCUCCCCCUCUGCACCGUACUGUGGAAAAGAAACACGCACUUGUUCCCUAGAGUUUAUUUUGAAAUGUGUUUGUGUGUGUGUGUGUGCGUGUUUGGUUUACUUUUUAUGGAAUCUAUUUAAGUAAAAAAAAAAAAUGUUC